CGCAGGCGUAAAUAUAAAUAACAAUUCGCAUGCGCAAAGCUCUAAAUUUGGAGGGGCGUAGAAAAGAGGCCAUAUUGUACUGUUAAGUUGAAAGAAAGAAAAAUAAUUUUGUUGUACUAUCAUCCCGUGACCAGAGCAGGGGCAAGAGCGAGAGAAACUCGAGUAGACAAGAAAAGUUGACAAGGCAGAGGAGGAGUAAAAGAAAGAAGCGCCAUACAUUCGUUUCAUCGUCUAAAGUUUGUUGCUGACACAACGAGAUGGGCACUAGAGAUGACGAGUACGAUUAUUUAUUUAAAGUGGUUCUUAUUGGAGAUUCUGGAGUAGGAAAGAGUAAUCUAUUGUCAAGAUUCACCCGCAAUGAAUUCAACUUGGAGUCGAAGUCGACAAUUGGAGUUGAAUUUGCUACUCGUAGUAUACAAGUCGAUGGAAAAACUAUUAAGGCCCAAAUUUGGGAUACUGCUGGACAAGAACGUUAUCGAGCUAUAACCUCUGCAUAUUAUCGUGGAGCUGUCGGCGCAUUAUUGGUGUAUGACAUAGCGAAACAUUUAACAUAUGAAAACGUCGAGAGAUGGUUACGAGAACUCCGAGAUCACGCAGAUCAAAAUAUUGUAAUAAUGCUUGUGGGCAACAAAUCUGAUUUAAGGCAUCUUCGUGCAGUCCCAACUGACGAAGCAAAAGCAUUUGCUGAGAGAAAUGGUCUUUCAUUUAUUGAAACAUCAGCCCUAGAUUCUACCAACGUUGAAACGGCCUUCCAAAAUAUUUUGACUGAGAUAUACAGAAUUGUCUCGCAGAAACAAAUAAGAGAUCCGCCUGAAGGUGAUACCAUUAGAGCACAAAAUGUUGAACAGAUUGACGUUAAACCGACAAUGAGUUCGGAUGGAAUGCGUAAACAAUGCUGCCAGUGACUCGCCGCACUGUAUUCCACAAUCAGUAAUACUAAAGGAGGAAAAAUAAAAGUGGUAGCUGGUGAUAAAUAUUACAGGUGUGUAACAGAA